AUGUCCGAAGGUUAUUUCGGUAGAGCGUGCAAAACAUGUCGGCGUCGUGGACGAGGCUGCGAUCGACGACUACCGACAUGUAAUACCUGCGAAUCUAAUGGUCUUGUCUGUGAGGGAUACUUGUUACAGUGGCCUGGAUUGGCCAGUCGCGGGAAGUUUGUCGGGAAAAGCAUCCCUGUGAGCACCGGCAAAGGUCAAGGAGGAAGAGGGGGAAAAGAAGGGAAAGGGGAGAAAGGUGUGAAAGGGACAAAAGCGACAAAAGCAAGAAGAUCGCGACGCACACAGCCAACAGAGGUAGAAGUCUCAACUUCGACCCCGGCUCCAGCACUAGCUCCGGCUCUACAACCGCCCCCAGAUGAAGCCCAAGACACACAAGGCGAUCCGGUACAAUCCGGAAUGUUGGAUGCCCCCAAAUUUACCACAAAAGAAAUAUCAAUUGAUCCCCAACUGGCCAUUGACGAUAAUACAUUCCUUUUUGACACUUUGAUGGAUUUUCAAUCUACUGUUGAGGUGGAAACGUUGAAGAUGCCAACAUUGGACAUCGGGACUUACAUGGACAUGAACAACCAAUUGUAUCCAAGGAUCGAUGUGUUGAAUAUUCCGGAUGAACUGAAAUUUAUCAUGGAAUAUCGUCAGUACCUCUCAUACCAAUUGGAAGCUGUCGCAGAUGCUAAUGGUUCGAAGAUCUUUGUGAGGUAG